AUGCAAAUAAAUGCAGGGGGUUCCCCCUAUUAGGGCCCGGCAGCCGCCCUGUCAGCUCACAGUGGACUGUUGUCACCCCGACAGAGAGUCCACCACACCCGUAGCUACAGACUGCACCAGGGCCACACCAACCGACAGACUUGCACUUGACUUGGCUUUUCCUAAGUGCUGAAGAACUCUUUCUCUGACAACUUUUUUCCAUGUCAGCUUCUCAUCUAUGGAUUUUGGUUACUCAGCAUGAAGUCUUUGCUUAGAACUGACCGUUUUCUAGUUCUGUGAGGUGUUUUUAGUGAGAUGCUAUACAUCUGAAUUAUACAUCCUUUUAACGUCUGACACCUCUGAGGAUUCAAGUUUUAUGAUUUCCCUCAAGCUGAACUUAAAACUUGCCUGUAAGGCAGACUUACUUUUUCUUUAGAAACUACACUGCCAUUCUUUCUGUCAGCAGUUUAUUUAAUUUUUCGUCUACCUUUCCUUGAGUGGGAGUAACGAUGCACAUUGUGGUGGCAUUACAUCCCAUUCUCCUCCUGUCAGUCACUCUGUCACUGGCUGAUGCCAAAUCCUACAGACCCCACCAGUCCAACCUCUACAAAGCUGGACCCAAUCCUCACCACCUUGUCCAUGGGAAGCCCACCAGCAGGCACAAAAACCACUGUGCCUAUGUGGUUGAGAAGACUAUGUCAUUCACUAUGCAGAAUGGUGUAACACCCUAUGUCAAGGCUGAGUACAACAAGUGUGCCUGGGGUCAGAAGUGUUCAACCCUCAUGUACCGUCUGAUGUACAAGCCAGUCUAUAAAGUUGCUCAUAAGACUCUCACUGAGCUGGAAUGGCGUUGCUGUCCAGGCUACUCUGGCUAUGGCUGCAUGGAGGGACCCCCAGCCUACAACCACCCAAUUAAGGCGAUGCCUCCAUUCAAGGGCUCACCAUUCAAGGGCCCACCCAUUAAAGGAAAUCCCUGGAGUCAGACCAAGGGCCCUGCUCCCAUGAAAUCUUACCCAAUGCUUGCUAAGGACCCUCCCAUGAAGGGACCUCCUCCUAUGAAGUCUUACCCCAUGAAAGCAAAAGGUCCUCCUGCCAGCAAUGCCAAGUCCUACCUUAUACAUCACUUCGGGCCUCCUAUGACCCACCCCUCCUUCUUUGAGCGUUACCCUUCUGUGCCACAGCACCACCGACAGCCAGACCACCACCAGCCUGGACCAGACCAUCACUCAGAUCCAGACCACCACAAGCCAGACCAACAUCAACCUGAACCAGACCACCAACCUGGACCAGACCAACCUGAUCACCCAGACCACACAGAUCACUCAGAGCUGGAGCCCGUUGCUGAAGAAACAGCUCCCCUUGCUGGCAGCCAAGAAAUCGAUGGCCAGGCUCUAGACACAGUGGGCAGUGAGUCUGCAGAGCGUCUGGAUCAGAUGGAGGAGGACAUGCGGCAUCUAUCCCAGGGUCUGGAGACUCUUAGUGGGACAGUGAACGGUCUGGAGGACAGCCUGCGUGCCUCACUACGUGAGGACGCCAGCAGGAUGCUCUCUGCCCUUCUGUCUGCAUCACCAGGCCCUGUCCCCGCUCUGUCCUCCUCCCCCCACUCCAUUGUAGGCUUUGCAGACAUCCCAGGAGGGAACCCUGAUGCAGAGGGCCUGGAUGGGGGCCUGGAUGGGGGCCAGGUGUUCUCAGGGCUGGGCGAGCUGACGGGAAGGGUGGAGGAGCUCCGGGCUGAGCUGCAGGCAAAGGCCGCUGAGCUGGAAGAGCUGAGAGGCACGGUUAUCAAGCACGACGGCACACUGAAGAAGAUGUCAGGAGGGAUGGCUAGCUUAACAGGGACCCCAUUGAGAGACACCCAGAAGGCCAUGGAGGAUCUAGUGGACGUCAAGAUGGGUGGGGCCCGGACGGAGAUCAUUGAUGGGUUUGAGAAGCGCGUGGAGAGUGCUGAGAGCCGCUGUGAAGAGAAUGCCGGAGAGGUGAGGCGGCAGUGCCACAGAGAGCAGCAGGAGAGGCAGGAACAGAUGGAGCAGGCCCUGGAGGGCAGUGCAACGGGACUGAGGAAGGAGCUGGGACAUGUGCAGGCUCAGAUUCAGGGACAUGACCUGACAGAGGGAUGCUGUGGUACAGUCAUUGGCCUGGCUGAGAGGGUGCAUAUGCUGGAACAGUCAGUGGCAGGCCUCAACCAGUCCCAGGAGCACUUGAGGCUGGAGCUGGGUGGGCACAAGGCCCAUGUAGAGGGCAUGCUGGAGGGCCGUCUGGGGUAUGUGGAGGCUAAGCUCAACCUGACAGGGAGUGGAAAGGUCAGGGGUGGCAGAAGUGGGAGCAGUGGUAGUGGCGGGGUCCAGGGCAGCAGCUUAGAGGGAGAGAUGGGGCCAGGUGGCCUGGAGGCCCAUCUGGAGGGGAAGCUGAAAGCUCUGGAGGGUCGUCUUCUGAUGGCUGUGGAGGAGCUGGGGAACGCUACAGCCCCUGCCCUGCUUGAGGGCCACAUCGUGCCCACGCUGGAGACAAAGCUGGAGUCCCUCAGGAGAAGGCUGGAGCUGGAUGUAGACAGAGUGCAGAAACAGCUGCGUGGCUUGGAACUCCUCUGCAUGUCCUCCUCUCAGCCCAUCCACCAGGGAGACACAGCCACAUUGAACGCUCAUGUGGUGGAGGAGGAGAAGAAAGGAGGAGGAGAGUUGAAGGGUCUCCUGGACGUGCAGGCUGACCGUCUGAACAGCGUUAAUCUCACCCUGCAGAGCCUCCUGACCAGACUGUCCCAGAGGGAAGACCACCAGGAGGGUGAGGGGAGCUCAGUCCAGGGUGAAAUUAUGCUGCUUAAAUUCAACGUCCGCUCCGUGAACCGCAUCUUGAAGGGCCUGAAGGACUCUGUAGUGUCAGUGGUCCGGGAUGUGGGGCACGUCAACACCACAUGGCAGGAACGAGAGGAGCGCCUGGCCCAGCAGGUGAAGGGCGUGGUGCAGCUGGUGGGGCGCCAGGCCUCCAUGCUGGGGGCGGGAGAGAGGAGGCUGACCCGGCUAAAAGGAGAGCUCCAGGAGCUGAGGAGGCGGCUGGCCGGGGAGGUGCAGGGCUGCCGCUCCACUGCGCUGGGAGUCCAGAAGGAGGUGGUGGAGGUGGGGGGGCGCUUGGCCAGCAUGGAGGGCCAGUGUAAAGGCUUCAGUCACCUGGCCGAGGAUCUGGAGAGGAUCAGGGCAGAGCUGGAGAGGCAGUCAGAUGUGUACCUCUCCCAGGUCAACGGCACCCUCACUAAUCACGCUCACCAACUGUCUGAGAUAAGACAGGAACUCAGGAACUGCACGUCGAAGGCAGAGCCUACCCAGCAGAACCUAUUCCUCGUAGAGCCAGAACAGUUAAGAGGAGACCAGUAACCUGUCAUGAAACCAUUUACUGUAAGAGGGAGGCCAGUGUUCUGUACGGAAUGAUAAUGGACCAUUAUCUUGAGCCCCAGAGACAAGGGCUGGUGGUGGUAGAAACAAAAGGGUAAUGUUUCAACCCACUGGCGAUCCAUAGAGAAUUUCUAAUUGUGUUGAGUUUUGUUUAGCAAAAUGUUUACACUUGAUUUAAAAAAUUUCUGUUCUUUAGUAGGCCUUUGAGUUUACAGGUAUCCAAGAUACUACAUUUUUAUUUUGUAUUAUUAUCGUAUUUUGUAUUCUACAUUUUUAUAAAACAUUACAGUUCUUUGUGACCUCCAUUCCUCUUGCUGUUAAAGUAUUGUUUGUAUAAUAAAGAGGCGUUAUGUCACUGUU